AUGGCUAUUCCCUCGCCGUCCGACGGACGCGAGACGCGGCCGUAUCGCGCGUCGAUAAGCGCGUCCGCGACGACGUGGCGCCGCUCGCACCUGGCGCUGUCGCUCGAAUCGCGCGACGGAACCGUCUCCGCGGAGGCGGUCGUGCGCCCGGACGCGACGGCGCUGAGCGUGCGCGGCGACGUCGUCGUCGACGACGACGACGACGACGACGACGACUUCGUCGCGAGCACGCUCGUGUUCGGCGGCGGCGGCGGGGGCGCGUGCGUCGACGACGCGCCGCCGGCCGCGGUGCGCGUGCGCGUGACCGGACCGAUCGCGACCGUGCACUGGGUGAGCAUCUCGCGCGGCGGCGUGGACGCGCCGCCGCCGACGUUCUUCUACUGCGACGACGAGUCCACCGCGUCGAGCGCGGCCGCCGCCGCGGGAGAAGACGACGACGAUGACCGCAGACGCGACGUUACGACGAUGACGUUCCGCGUGAGCGCCGGGUACGACUCCCCGGCGCGCGCGUCGACGGCGUCAGAAUCGGGCGCCACCCCGCGGACGGCGCCGGAGACCCUACUCCCGGCGUCGGCGCCGCCGCCGGCGUCGCCCUCGGCGGCCCCGGCGGCGGCGGCGGCGGCGGGCGCGGGAAGCGCGAGCGACGAAUUAAACGACUCUUCUCCCGCGUCGUUCGAGUUCAAUUCGCGCGGCGCCGUGGAGGACCCGCGGCGGCGGCUGUGGGAGACGGCGGACGAGGCGGCGGAGGUCCCGACGACGGCGGCGCCGGCGUCGACGCCCAUCGGCUCCGACGACGAGGAGGACGAAUUCGACGGUCCUUGCGAGGUUGUCGCGACGCCGCUGUUGAUGGCGUACACGCGCGCGGUGGAAGGGGACGCCGCGUGGGCGGGGGAGACGCCGGCGAGCGCGUGGGCGCACGCGAAGCCGAUCGCGAACGCCUUCGACGCGGCGGCGGCGGAGACGAUGACGACGACGAAAUCAAAGUCGAAAUCGAAAUCGCAAUCGGAAUCGGACUCGGAUUCGCCGUCGCCGCCGUCGCCGCCGCGGCCGUUCGAAUCCCAGACGCGCGCUCAUCGAGAGCUCAUCGUCAAGAUGCUCCGCGAUCGAAAGAGCGCCCGCGUCGCCGCGCGCGCCCUGCACGCGUGGUACGCGACGCAGACGAGAGAAUACGCGGAGCGACAACUCGCGGCGGCGACGCAAAUCGCCGCCGUCGCGCUCGAGUCCACCGCGGGGGAUAAACAGCGGCGCGCGCGCGUUUUAGACCGCGACGUGACGCGCUGCGUGAAUAGACGCACGACGCGGGCGCUGGCGGCGUACUUCCGGCCGUGGGCGGUGUUCACGGCGGUGAGGGUGUCGACCAGGCUCGCGUACGUGUCGGAGACGACGACGAACGACGCCGGGCGGAGGACGCUACGCGCGUGGAGCGCGUUUGCCGCGUCGGAGACGACGCGGCGGGCGACCGCUGACCGCAUCGCUAAAACGCUCGAGUCGCGGACGUUACGCAGGGCGUUUGCGGUGAAACGCGGAGCGCUCCGCGCGUGGCGCGCCCGCGCGGCGGAGGUUCGAACGACGCGCGACGCGACGCUGGCGGCGCUUCGCCGCGUCCGACGCGGGAGGGAAGCGGUCGACGCGUCCUGGAUUCUCCCCACGUCGUUCGCCACGUGGCGGCUCCUCGCGCGCUCGGGGCAGAGCGUCCGGCACGCGACGUCGAUAUGGAAGUGGACCGUGCGAAACGCGAACGCGAGAGUGAUGAAGCUCGCGCUGACGGGCGUCGUGAGAGGGUGGCGCGCGGAGGCGACGGCGAGGACGCGCCGCCGCGGCGCGUUUCUUCGCGCGUGUCGACGCGUCGCCGCCGGGGCGGACGCGCGCGCGAUUCGAGCCGCCUGCGAGGCGUGGCGCGAGGUCGCCCGCGACGCUACGACGGCGGCGAUGAACGCCGCCGCGGUGACGGUGCAGACGCGCGUCAGGGGGUGGAUCGCCGCGAAGGCUUUCGCAGCCGCGCGGCGCGCCGCCGUCGCGUGCCAGAAACGCGCUCGGGGCGCGAAAGCGCGGCGAGACUACCACCGCACGCGCGCCGCGGUGGUGUGCGCGCAGAGUCACCGACGCGGGAAGACGCGACGCGACGCGUUCCUCGCGCGGCGAGCGCUCGCGGAGGAAGAGCGCAGAAGCGCGUGUCUCGAGACGCUCGUCUCCGUCGCGCUCGCCAGGCGCGGUCUCCGGCGUCGGCGAGAGCGUUUCACCCGGUGGCGCACCGCCGCCGCCGCCGCGAAGAAAGUCUCCGCCGUGGUCGACUUCGAGCUCCAUCGCGCGGUCGCCGCGUCGACGAAAGCGCGCGAGCGACGCGUUCGAUCCGCGAUAAAGCGCUGGAGCGAGCUCGCGCGCGACGCGGCGACGCGAGACGCGUGGGUCCGCGCGACGGCGGAGCGACGCGCGACGGCGAAAAACACGGCGACGAAACGCGAGGCGUUGCGAGCGUGGUGGAUGGUCGCGGCGGCGGCGGCGGCAGCGGCGGCGGACGACGCCGCGUCCGCGCACCGUGCGGAGAUGGCGCGCGCUCGAGGCGAGCGCGUCAUCGCGAGAAGAAGGAGAGACGUCGAGUCGAAGUGUUACCGGGCGUGGCGCGCGGCGGCGAGGGCGUCGGCGUCGACGGAAAUUGAGAUCGCCGCGGGGCUGCGACGUCGCGCGGUUCGAGGCGCCCUCGGGACGUGGAGGCGCAACGCGCGGGGACUCCGCGAGACUCGACUCGCGCUCGAUCGCGACGACGUCCGCGCGCGACGAUUAAAAACGCUCGCGGACGGACGGUUCGCGCGCAUCCUUCGCUCCGGCGUCGGAAACGCCUUCCGGGGGUGGCGCGCGCGCGUCGCGGCGGCGUCGGCGUCCGCGGCGGGGGGGCAGCUCACCGCGCUCCGCGUCGCGGCGGGGGUGUUCGUGACGCGCAAGCGCGCGAGGACGUUAACGCGCGCGUACUUCGCGUGGAAGAGCCGCGUCAUGGGCGUCAUGGCCGGGCGGCUCGCGCUGCAUCUCGUGGUGGCGCGCAUCCGGAUGGCCAAAUCUACUAGAUCCGCGUGCUUUCUCCGGUGGCGCGAACGCGUCGUCGCGACCCGGCUCGCGCGCGGCGCCGCCGCGCUGGAAGAGAACGCCGCGUCCUGGGCCGCGCAGCAGAUGCUCGCCAAGGAGACGGAGCACCUGUCCGUCGUCGAGGAGAUGCAGUGCGAGCACGCGGCGGCGCUCGCGGCGGCGGCGGGCGAAGCGAAGCAGAUGGGCGAAUUCGCCGCCGUCGCCGCGAAGCGACAGGCGGCGGCGACGCGCUCGUUGGACGACGCGACGCGCGCGCACGAAGCGGCGAUGGAUCAGACGAGGAGCGCGCACGAGGCGGCGAUGGAGCAGGCGAGAAGCGCACACGAGGCGGCGAUGUAUCAGGCGAGGAGCGCGCACGAGGCGGAGCUCGAGCGCGCGCACGACGCGCACGACGACUUCCUGAGGACCGCGCUCGAAGACGCCACCGCGGACAGCUGGCGCGAGGUCGCGCGCGUGGAGGAGGCGAGGCAGGCGGAGGUGGACGCGCUCAAGGCGGACGUUUAG